AUGGAAAUUAACUUCCAGUCGCCGGAGACCCACGGCGGAGCCGCUGUACCAGUGGUCAAAACAAGCAAAUUCAAAGGCAAAACCAGAGGGAACAACGGCAACAAGUUCGUCGGAGUCCGGCAGCGGCCGUCGGGCAGAUGGGUGGCGGAAAUCAAAGACACGACAAGAAAAAUCCGAAUGUGGUUAGGAACAUUCGAGACUGCCGAGGAAGCCGCUCGUGCCUACGAUGAAGCCGCCUGUCUUCUCCGAGGUUCGAACACAAGAACUAAUUUCUUCAUCCCACAAAUCUCCACUAAUUCCCCAAUCGCCUCUCGAAUCCGCACCCUUUUAAACAGCAAAAAGCCCCUCGAAAAUCCCCCCGCCGCCGCCGCCUCCGCCGCCGUCCCUGCUCCAACAAUUCAGGACGGUCGGAUGUUUGACGGAGAUUAUAAACCAGACAUGACGAAUUGUUCGGAGAAAACAGAGAUGGGUUCGUGUUGUUCUUCGGAUUCUUGUCGAUUUGUUGAUGGGUUUUGGAAUUCAGAGGAUUUGGAGCUUUGUGAUUUUGAGAGGAUGAAAUUUGAGAGGCAAAUUUCAGGUUGUUUGUAUGCUAUGAAUGGAGUUCAUGAGUAUAUGGAGGCUGUUCAUGAGGCCUCUGAAUCCAUUUGGGAUAUUCCUCCGCUCUGUUCGUUGUUCGGUUAAUUUGUAGAACAAUUCGAAAGGGUAUAUACGAGCUGGGUUCAGUUGGAUUAGCUGGGUGAUCGAGCGAUUUGAAUAGAGUUUACGACCCGACCCACCUUCUAUUUUCUGGAUUGAGUUGAAUUGGGUUGUCCAGUUGUUUUUUUUAUUUUAUCCAAUUUUGUAUAGGGAUUACGAAUAUGAUCAAGGGCAACCCAUGUAAAUGGAAGAAAAUACGGGCUUGGGCUCUCUGUUAGUUGUAUGUAACGUCUCAUGUUUAGGAUUCAUAUUUUCAAUAUCGCUUAUGAUAUGACCAUGUUACAAAUG